GUCUCUUGGUCUUCAGAACUCAACUGGGACACUGGCUGGACUCGGCAGAUUGGGACUUAGCCUCUAUACUUUAUGUGAGUUACCCACAGGACCAAAAUGGAGAUGAUACCCCAGCAUGACCUGUCCAGACUGCCAGAAAACACAGCACUGAAGCAGCAAACGUUGCCCACCCAGCAGCUAAAUCUAUCUGCCUCGGUGGUCCUCUCUAUCUUUUUCACCACAGGAGGAUUCUGCCUCUUUAUGGGCAUCAUCCUUCUGUUUUCUGCAAAGAGCACCAAGGAAAUUGAGAUAAAUUACACAAACACAUGUGCAAAUUGCGCUCAGCUACGGGAAGAUAGUUCUAAUUUUGACAAAGCAUGCAACUGUUCUCUUCCCUUUUAUCUUCCGGAGAAAAUGGAGGGUGAUGUUUAUAUGUACUACAAAUUGUAUGGUUUCUAUCAGAAUCUCUAUCGGUAUAUUUUAUCAAGAAGCAAUAGCCAGCUGGCGGGUAAGGAUAUUUGGGAUACGACGAACUGUUCUCCAUUCCAAGUGUCCUACAAUGAUACUCCCAUCAUUCCUUGUGGUGCAAUUGCCAACAGCAUAUUCAAUGAUACCAUAACUCUUUCAUACAAUGUGAAUUCGUCUACACAGAUAGAAGUCCCGAUGCUAAAGAGUGGGCUUACAUGGUGGACAGAUAAGUAUGUCAAAUUUCAGAAUCCAAGAUCCAGUAACUUUACUCGUACAUUUGCAGGAAGUACAAAGCCUCUGCACUGGGCCAAACCUAUCUACGAACUGGAUCUAGAUGACCCAGGAAACAAUGGCUUCAUCAAUGAGGACUUCAUUGUAUGGAUGCGGACGGCUGCCUUUCCCACUUUCAAAAAACUGUACCGCCGACUCAACCGAGUGGACUCCUUCGCUCACGGCUUACCUGCUGGUAACUACAGUUUGAGCAUCUCCUACAAUUUUCCAGUGACUGCAUUCCAAGGAAAAAAGUCCGUUGUUCUUUCCACGCUGACAUGGAUCGGGGGAGGAGGCCUUUUCUUGGGGCUUACUUAUACAGUGACGGGGGCAUUGACGCUAUUGGCCUCUUUUGCCAUCCUGACGAUUCACUUGACACUGAAAAGGAGUAAACUGCUUUUCCUGUAGAGGUGGAGUCCAGAUUUAAAGAGAAGAAGAGCAGAAGGUAGCAGCAGACGAUGGAAUAAUAGAACCAAAGAUUUCUGGCAAAGCUUGAAAUGUUUCUGAGCCAUCUCAAGGAGGGGCGCUGGACUGAAGGAAUCCAGUAUAGUCCUAACUCCACAGAAAAUACCAAGGUUCCCAGAGUGGGGUGAAGAGGAGGAGCAAAAAAAAAAUAUGUACAGUAAAAUGUUCUUGAAAUAAAGAUUAUAUAUUUAUUAACGCU